UUGGUCUCCAGCUGCCCAGCUGCUCAGUCCAGACCAGGCGCAUCGAAUCGCCAGGCCCUCCCAAGCCCCCGCCCGUUUCUGCUCUGUCGCCGAUCAAGCCGCUGCCCCCGCUUGCCAGCGACACUUGAUCGCCUCCCCUCCUCCCAGCACAUCUGGAACUGCAGCCAAUAGCCAUGCCUGCGCCAAAGCCCAGCCAGAUCGAUGCUGUGCCGGGAUUCAUCGUCGCCGAGAUUGUCGCUGCUCAACCCAGCUGCUCUCCGUCCGCACUCCCGCCUGCUGUCGAUGCCAUCGACGAUGCCGAUCCGGAUCCAAGCGCCGCACUGUCGUCCCAGAAGCUCACGGCAGAGACCAUCCAAUGCACCCUCGACCAGCUGAAUCAGGCCAUCUCGGAUCUCAGUUUCGAACUGAGCCAUCACAUCGAUACCCAUCCAGAGCUCUCCACGUUUCUGGGCGAUUCCCAGCGUAUCGAAGGACAAGCUCAAGGCUACUUUGCCGAGCUGGAUCGUCUCUCGACCGAGCUUCAUGAGCCGCAGAAUGGAUUCCUGGCCAAGCUCAACGACGCCAAUCAUCGACAGCAAGAGGCCAGGAGCAAGCUCGAUGCCCUCGAGACCUAUCUGCACAUCCUCAUGAGUCUCUCCUCGUUUCAUCAAGGCUCAACCGUGUUUGACUCAGCCCUUGGCCAGAAGGAGUUCCAAAAGGCGUCAGUGAUCCUGUCUUCGAUGGAAGGCGCCUUGGACCAGCUUCCGAAAUGGGACGACGUUCAUAUCUUUGCCCAAGUCCAGGCUCGAUACGACACCUGCAACCAGAUGUUCUUGGCCAGACUGGAGCUGACGCUCUCGGAUCUGCUCAGCGCCGACACUGACGACACCAGCGGCAUCAUUGCGGCCAAGGAGUACUACGACGGAUCCCGUAUCCUCCACCCAGGAUCAAUCUUCUCUGCGGCCGCAUCGGGGCAUGGCGCAGAACUUAUCGCUCCAUGGCUGCGAUUCUGUCUGCGUGCUCUUGAGGCUGUGCUUUCCAGCCCCGCGAGCUCUUGCUCUGUCACGACAGAACCAGAUAGUUCCGACAGGGGCUGUCUUGUCCACCGCCUCAAGUACGAAAAGGCCGACGAAAGUUCGGAGGCCCCUUGGUCUCAAACCUCGCCAGAUGUUGUCUUUUCGAGGCUGAAGGAAAUCAUGCGCUUCCUCGUCACGCAUCUGUUCUGCUUCGACCUGACCGAGAUCAAGGACAAGAGCGACACGACCGGAUACACGCACAUCUUCCGAGAGCGCUUCCGGCAGUUCUACGCAGGCGACAUUGCGCCCCGCGUGAUCGACAAGUAUCUGGCCAAGUGCGUCCCUGAGUCUCUCGAGCAGCUCGACGGCUUCAAGAUUGUGAGCCAAGCUUGCUCUGUAUUCGAGAACGAGCUGCUUUCCGGUGGCUUGAUUGAGGAUCAAGACAGGAAGCUGUCAGAGUACUGCUCCAAGAUUGACGAGCAUUUCAUCGCUCAGACAACACUGACGCUUCUGGAAAAGGUCCGUGCCGUGCUCGUCAAGUCCCAAUACGAUACCGUCGAUGUCAAGGAAGGCAGCGACCAAGUGCUGCUGCCAACAUGGGUAUCGAACUGCAUCCCACCUUUGGCAAAUACCACAAUCGCAGUGCAAGCGACCGAGGCUGUUGCCUUUGACGGCUUGUUCCAGUUCCCGUCUUGCGCCAUCAGCGCCCGGACGGUCAAGUUUCUCAAGCUGAUUUCAUCGACCCUGUCCGAUGCCCUCAAAGUGAACAACGCCAGCACUCCCAAGCUCUUUGACAGCGUGCGGGAAGCUCUGGACUUGUACCGCAUCGUGAUGCCAUCGGUGCACUCGACAAAGUUCGACAGCGUGCCCCAGCUGUGCAUGGUCUUCCACAACGACUGCAUGUAUAUUGCCCACCAGCUGCUGUAUCUCGGCAUUCCCUUCCAAACUUUUGCUCUCGGCUCGCACAAAGGCGUUCUGAGCUUCACCGACUCUGUUGUCGAGUUUCGCAGGCUGGGCGAGCGCUAUUUCAACAUGCAGCUGACUCGCCAACGCGACAGCUUGAUCCAGAGUAUCGCCGAGGCAGACGGCUUUGGCAUGCAGGACGACGCACGAGAGGCACAAGUAUCCAAGACGAUCAAGCUUGUGUCCCACCAGCUGAAGCAUCUCGCCAAAGUGUGGAAGUCGGUCUUGCCCGACUACUUAUUCCUCAAGGCGAUGGGUCUGCUCGUCGAUGCCGUCAUGGAGGAGAUCCUGACGGAGGUCGAAGGGUUGAUCGACAUAUCCAAGGACGAGUCGCUCAAGCUCAACAGCGCCCUGAUCGAGUUUGAAGGCGAGUGCAUCGAGCUGCUCCGGACACAAGACUACCAGCGCUACAUACCGAUUGUGAACAAGUUCCACCACCUUGCGCUGCUGAUGGACUCGAGCUUUGCAGCGAUCAUGGAGAGGCUGCGAGCGGGCGAGCUCUUUGAGUUUUCGAAUGGCGAACUGACUCGCCUCAUCAAGGCACUGUUUUCUGACACACCGCUGCGGGCCAAGAACCUGGAGGAGAUCCAGCGACGCAGGUGAUCGCUGCGAGUGCAAGUGAAGAGAUCACAGCCCGAAUAUAUAUAAUACACUUGCAGUCCCA